AUGAUAUUAAAACAAACUAUUCAAACAAAAAUGUUAGAUGAAAACGUUUCUACGAUUAAAUCUGAACAGAACGAUAAAUCAGAAGUAAACAGUAACAAUAAAAAUUCUAAUUCACAUACAGCAUCUUAUGUUGUUGAUUAUGGGCCAAUUCGUGUUCGUCAUCGACAAAGUAAAUCACAAACAUUGUCUACAGGUCGUCGAUCAAGAGAGCAACAAUUGUAUGGUGAAGAUGCGAUUAAACGUGAAUUACGACGUGAAAAAAAUCGAUUAGCUGCUCGUCAUUUAAAAAGAACUAGAGAUCAAAUUGAAUCAGAUCUUCUUCAAACAAUUAAAGAACUUGAACAUGAACAACAUUGUUUAGAAGAUCAACAUAAAAAAUUAGAAGAACAUAAAGCGCAAUUGACUAGAGCUGUAUAUAAUGCUAAACAAACUCCAUUUAUUCCAUUAGUUACUGAUAUGAAUAUUCCUAUACUAUUUGGACCACAACAACGACGUGAUCUUUUAAUUGAUCUUCAACCAUUGCUAAAAAUUCUUGAUGAGACAUGUUCUAUGUCUGACAAUUAA